AUGAGGUCUUCUGUGGAUGGCCUUUUUCACCCAAAGGGUGUACCAGUGAGGGUCAUGAUCAAAGAAUUUCGUUCAAUUUUGGGUAUAUUGUGGAAAUUUAAUCUGAACUUAAUGGCCUGGCAAACUUCAUAUAUCACAGUAAUGAUUAUAAUUUCACGAGUGUUUUACAUUACUAGCCAUGAGUGCGGAACCGAUAUUUAUUCCUUUUAUCAAAUGAUGCUCAAAGGCCACACUUUUAAGUCAUUCCCAAUUCGACCAGGUUCGCUGGAUUGCAGAGAAGCUUGCCUCGCUGACAGCAGAUGCCAAAGUUAUAACGUAGUGUUCAAAGGCAUUUGUGAGUUAAAUAACAGAACUAGGGAGGCAAGGCCGGAGAAUUUUGUCAGAAACCGGGAAAGAUAUUAUAUGAAGAAAAGUUCAAAAAGAGAUACCCUUGGUUGGAGUCGCGACCGACCUGCCUAUUCUUGUAAACACAUCCUGAACUCUGGGAAUCAUAAAGGAGACGGGGAGUACUGGAUCGAUCCUGAGGAGAGUGGGACUCCUUUUAAAGCCUACUGUGACAUGACAACUAGCGGUGGAGGUUGGCUCGUUGUCUGCAAUGUUGUUUUCAACGGCUCCUCCGAUAUAUCAGUGACGUCAUCAUACCGCGGAAUUCAAAACUAUGACGAUCACAGUAAGAUGUGUCUUGGUAAAGAAGCCAUGAAACAAUUCCAAACCAUCUUGUCGUUCACUCAGCUGAGGUUCUACUGCAGAAAGCAAAAUACUGGGCGUACUUUUCACGUGGUCACGGCGGCUAACAGCAGUGGUCAAGCUGUGGUUCGGUACUUUAGCGAUCUGACUGAUGCGAUGCCCAAUGCCUGUGGCUCGUUCGUAAGAAUGGAUGAUGACGACUCGUUGCUAGCCGAAAACUGCCACAAAUGGGGGGAAGAGAAUGGAACUCACAUGGUAGGCAAAUGGGGACAUAGCAACGUCAAACAAAGAUUGUAUAAUCACGCCGCUUUCAUUGCAGGCCAUUAUCACUGGGUGAUACAAUCGAGUAGAUGGGAAUGCGAUGACUUCCGGGGUAACGUCUCCAUCGGUGAUUUUUGGAAAAUCUUUGUUCGUUAG